GGUGAAUUUAUAACACCGAUUGGUUCAGCUUAUCAUUCCUGGCCCCGUUACGAAAGCCGAGGCGGUGGACGUCCGCUGAGAAGUUUGCGUGGAGCAAUGGGUUUUCGGGGUAUGCGAUUCCCAUAUGGCCCGAUGCGAUUCCCACGUGGAGCACCACGCUUCAUGUAUGGUCGUAUCAUGAAACGAGGAUUCAUGCCCAGAAGGCAAUUUGAU